AUGCGUGUUGAGAAGUGUUAUUUCUGCUCGACGAAUGUGUAUCCGGGACAUGGUUCUGCGUUUGUGAGGAACGACGCCAAAGUCUUCCGCUUCUGCACAUCAAAAUGUCACAAGAACUUCAAGAUGAAGCGCAAUCCCCGUAAAGUGCGGUGGACGAAGGCGUUCAGGAAGGCGGCGGGCAAGGAGAUGACCGUGGACUCAACGAUCGACUUCGAGAAGCGCCGCAACGUCCCCGUCCGCUACGAUCGCGAGCUCGUCCAGACCACGAUCAAGGCCAUGAAGCGCGUCGGCGAGAUCAAGCAGAAGCGCGAGCACGCCUUCUGGAAGAAUCGCAUGGCCGUCGCCCGCGAAAAGCAGAAGGCGCACCGCGUCAAGACGAAGGAGGCGCUCAAGGCGAAGGCCUCUGCAAAAUUGGUCGAGCCGAUGGCUGGCGUCGAGUCCACGUCCCCCAUUCGCGAAAAGAUCAAGGUUCCUGUCAAGAAGAGCCGGAGCGCACUCGUGCCCGGAGGCGGGCAGUCCAUGGGGAUGGACGUGGACUGA